GGGGGCGCGGAUCCGCGGAUCCCUCCGCCCUUCUAGUCACGGAACCGGGCCGAACCAGCCCGUAAACCGUGACACCUUCUUUUCAUCACAUCCAGACAAGAUCAAGGGUUACUUAUAUAGCACAAUAAUACCAGCCACAGGCUGCGUCAGAUGCUCGCCAGCCAUAAUAACUAAAGACAUGUAUACGUAUAGUUGAGCCAUUAAGGAGAAAACCCUGACAGAAUGCAUUAUCUUAUUUUUGGAUACAAAACUUUGAAGCAUAAAGCUAAGCUUCAUAAUACAGGAAAAUAACUGUCAGAGGAUGGAAGGAUUUCCAUAGCUGAGCUAAGCAAUGGGCCAUCCAGGCUACCUUCAAAGCUGCUGCAGUAGCCACAAUGGGACACUACAGACAGCGUAACUGAAGUCAAGACAGAUAUUUACGUGACAAGUUUUGGCCCCGUCUCAGACACAGACAUGGAAUACACCAUUGAUGUCUUUUUCCGGCAAUCCUGGAGAGAUGAGAGGCUGAAGUUCGACGGUCCCAUGAAGAUCCUUCCUCUGAACAACCUGCUGGCAAGCAAGAUCUGGACUCCUGAUACCUUCUUCCACAAUGGGAAGAAAUCUGUUGCCCAUAACAUGACAACACCCAACAAGCUGCUGCGCCUGGUAGAUAAUGGCACGCUCCUGUACACAAUGAGGCUAACCAUUCAUGCAGAGUGCCCCAUGCACCUGGAGGACUUCCCAAUGGAUGUGCACGCAUGCCCGCUGAAAUUUGGGAGCUAUGCCUACACAAAAACAGAGGUAAUCUACACCUGGACCCUGGGGAAGGAUAAAUCCGUGGAAGUAGCAAAGGGUGGAUCUCGCCUGAACCAGUAUGACCUGCUGGGCCAUGUUGUUGGGACAGAGAUGGUUCGAUCCAGCACAGGGGAGUAUGUUGUCAUGACCACGCACUUUCACCUCAAGAGGAAGAUCGGGUACUUCGUCAUCCAGACCUACCUGCCCUGCAUCAUGACUGUAAUCCUGUCCCAGGUCUCCUUCUGGCUGAACAGGGAGUCCGUCCCCGCCAGAACAGUUUUUGGUGUCACCACUGUGCUCACCAUGACCACGCUAAGCAUCAGCGCAAGAAACUCGUUACCUAAAGUGGCGUACGCGACGGCCAUGGACUGGUUCAUAGCCGUCUGUUAUGCCUUUGUGUUUUCUGCGCUGAUUGAAUUUGCCACUGUCAACUACUUCACUAAGCGCAGCUGGGCUUGGGAUGGCAAGAAGGUGCUGGAGGCCCAGGAGAUGAAGAAAAAAGAGCCAGUGGCAUUAGCGAAGAAAACCAACAACACCUACAACAUAGUUGGCACCACAUAUCCCCUCAACAUUGCCAAGGACCCUGGCCUGCCCACCAUCUCCAAGAGUGCUGCUGCCACCGCUACUGCCACCAACGUACCCCCCAAGAUGCCCCGCUUAGAGGAGAAGUUCCCAGACAGUAAGAAGACGUACAACAGCGUCAGCAAGGUAGACAAGAUGUCCCGCAUCGUCUUUCCAGUCCUCUUUGCCAUUUUCAACUUGGUCUACUGGGCCACCUACGUAAACCGGGAGUCAGCUAUCAAAGGAAUGAUCCCCAAACAAUAAAACCAAUCAAACAAACCUUCCAUCAGUGAGCACCAUCCAGGCAGGAAAUCUCCAGGGCUUUCUUUUUUUUCCUGUUUUGUUUAAUUAUUAUUGCUCAUUUGAAAUUAAUACUAUUAUUACUAUUAGACCGUUCUUUUAUAAUGUAAACAAAACUGUGAUUUUAAUUUAACCCUGUAUAUGUCUAUUUUUGUUUUACUUUGAUGAUAAAAGGAAAGGAAAAGGAUCAUAACAAGUUGUGCCUCUGACAUCGUGAGUCUGAUGUCCCCCAUCCGUCCAAGUCACCCUGUGCUUCCAUCUCUCCCCCUUCCUGCCAUCUGCAUGAUCUGCACAACAUUGCCAUCCCAUGCUCCACUCCACUUGGGGCUGCUACUAUUACCUCCCUCCUCCUCUUCUGUGAUGGACUGCCCUAGCGUGGUGGAUUCUCCUGGUGGCUUGGACUCAAGGACAUGGAAGCCUCCGGAGGCAGUCUGCUGGGCUGCUUUUUGGUGCCCAGGGGAUCAGCAGAACCAUGGCAAGGGUAGAACAGUGUGAUAGAAUCUUGUAGUUACCUACAGGGCUUCCUCUUUUCUGUCACCACCAAACGCAGCUGCUGGUUUCCUCCAUGUCUCUUCCCAGAUGAGAACAGGUGAGAAAGGUCUUGUCCAUUGGACAUUCAAUAUUCUUGGGGCAAUCCAUGUUAGAGGAUGAGAUGUUUUCUGCCAGAGAAAUAAUUUUUCUCAGAGUCAGUCAGCAACUCUGAUGCCUUGGACAGGAUACAAUAGCUUUGAGGCCACAUGCGUUCAGCCCUGGGACUGGAAGCCAUAGAGAUCAUGUUCAGAUGGGUGAUUUAUCACUUUCUCUCUGUCCACUUCCCCUUCUUGGCAUCUCCUGGCAUCCCCAUUCAUCUUCCUUUGGUUAUUCAGCAACCCUCAGCAAUAUCUCACUGUUUGAAGGGGGAUUUAGACAUAGAAGCCCAUGCCUUUCAGGAGAGCCUCACCAACAGAGAGGAGCACAGCUGUGGCGUGUCCCAUGGUACAUUCUUCUCUAUGCCCUAGAGCAGCAGCAGUGCUGAUUCAGGCCCUUUCCUUCCCUGGUGCACCAUGAGUCACUUUGCCAUCUGUGGGAGAUGAGGCUGGAGGCUGCAGUUGAUCCCCAAGAACCUACCUGUCCCCCAUGAAUGCAGCUGAGCAUCUUCACUACCCAGGGAAGACAGCAGAAGGGGCCCUUUGAAACAGCAGAGUGAUAUUGCUGUCCCAGAGAGAUGUGUGAGUCAGGUGCCAUCCCACAAAGCCACUGAGACGAGACCCAGCUCUAACACCUGCAAACUCUUCCAAGAAAAGCCCUCUAGUACUUUCUGCCCUUCUGACCGCUCCCCUGAUCUGCUCCCAGCACAUUUUGGAUCCAUGCAGUCUGCCUAGGGACUUGGAACCCCAGGUUGAUGUCUUCAGCAUUGCUUUGAGCCUCUGCACCUAGCUCAGUUCUCCAUCUGGUGCAUGAGCAGGGCUCACCCCACCUGGAAUAUCCAUGGGGACAGUGCAGGGCAGAGCAGGAUGCUUUGUCCUGCGGUGUGUGUGGCAUUGGUGGUGUCCUGCCUGUCCCUUACCUCUCUUGCUGGCUCAACAGCAGUGCAUGAGGAGAGGAACUCAGAGUCAUUUGGUUCAGCCCCUGGCAUGGUCCAUCCAUGAGCACAUCCCCACCAGCAGACAGCACGGGGUGAGAGAUGGCACAUUCCCAAAGCAGAUGCUGAGGAAACCGCCUCUAUCCUCAGCAUCCACACCCCAAGCUGCCCAUGAACAUUUCUACAGUGCCUUUCAUUCCCAAGGGCUGUGAGGAGGGAAAAGCCCCAGCAUCAGGUUGGAGGAGUGGAGGGACAGUGCACCAUCCCCAGCUCUUCUGCUGGACAGGGGUACAGCCAUGUUGUUUUCAAGCCACCUGAGCACUGCUCCACACCCAUUGCUCCCCCAAGACCCUCCUGUUCUCCCCAUGCCAACACCAUCCCUUCCAGCAGCGAGUACCACUGCUGCUGCCCUCCGUCUCCUGGGCUCCCCAGCAGUCACUGCUGCACUAACUGCCGUGAGGCUGUUUGGUUUGUACUUGGAUGUCAUUUUCUUAAAUAAGCUAGAUGAAGUGUAUCUCAUAAAACAUUCAUGUCACUAUAAUACUCAGGCCUAAGUGAAUGAAAUAGAAACCCUAUAAAAAGCAAAACAAACACAAUAAAAUGGUGACAAAGAGUAUACUGUGUUUACUAAUGGAAUUAUGUCAAAGGCAAGCCUAAAUAUGAGAUCCAGUGACUUGAGUCUCCUCCCUGGUCCCCUCUGCUUCCCAGGCAUUCCCCAGAAUCCCCUCUGCCUGAGGGUGAUCCCGCCUGGCUCAUUGCACUGUCAGGUGCACUUCUCCACUUCUUCCCUCCAGUUGCCCGAGGCUCUCAUUCCUCCCCAGGAUGCUGCCCUCCAGUGCCACCCACCUGCUGGCCUGCCUUUGCUCUCCUGACUCUGAAAACUUUGCUCUCUGCUGGGUAAAAGCUCCCUCCCUGGAUCAGUGUGAACGCGCCUUGAAAGCCAAGUCUGUUCCCACCACAGCCUGGCACUGGUGCUGAGUCUUCCUGCCAACUGGAAGCAGAAGUAUCGGCAUCCUUUGGUUAAAGACAACAAACCAAACAGGAUUUGUAGUUUGGCUUCCAAGCAGGGAAGCAUUUCAGGAAGAUAGUUAUAAAUAAGUGGUUUAGCAUCUCCUGCCAGCAGACAUCACAGAGAAGAUAAUGUUCUUUUUUUAAAAUCUGUCAGAGGCUCAAAUUGGGAUGUUUCCCUCCCAGCUAACACGAAGCUGCUGAUGGGCCCUUUUUCUACAGAGCAAGCCCAGCACCAGCUACUGGGGUUGGAUCCUCAUUAUGGCAGCAGCUAAGGACUCUGCUUUCAUAACUGGGGCUGUGCAGAAAUGGACCUGCGUACAGCCACCGAUAGUUCGCUCCACAGAAAGCCAGUUGUGCACAGUGGGCUCCGCGUGUCACUUCAAUGCUCCAAUAUUUAUUUUCUUUUUGCAAGACCCAAAGCCCUCUGACUUGAGGAUAGUCUCCCAGGAAGGAAUUAGAAGUCCAUACAAGUGACCAAAAUGAUCUGUUAUUCUGCACCCCUGUUCUGCAGCCUUAGACAAUGCAGUUCCAACGUGCAGCUACAUUCCUCCUCAAAAUGGCAGGUGGAUGUCUUGGCACUGACAUCCUGACUGACCUUGCCUCUUCCCUGCUCUGAAACCACAUGUAGGCACAAUCAAUGUGGUUUUGGAGUGCUCUGUGCUCAGGAAGGCAGGGGCUGGCUGGGCUGAGGCCAUCCAGGCAGGCAGGAGAGGCAGUGCAUGCUGUUUGUGGUGCAGGAGGGAGGGGAGAAGUAGUCACCGGUGCCAUUCACUAUAAAGGGCUGAUAGAGAUACCCCCAUAUGACUGCUCUGAAAAUCUUGAACAUCACCAAGCAGGACUGUGACACUUGAGUGCUCCCCAUGCACCAACUCAAUGUGAGCAAAGACAGUUCCACCACUCUCUAAGUUGUACAGAAAGUGUUGAGGCCAACACAGUUCAUCUUCUCCUGACCUCCACCAGCUUGGUGCCACUGGUGAGGACCCAGUUCAUUCGUUGUAGGACCUUGUCAGUAUGAGCAGACCCCAUGCUUGCUGUUCCCAAACACAAGCCAUGUAACCCCUUUGUGCAUGCCAGGUGCUUGGGACAGUGGGCAGCCAGUGUGUGGCCAUAGGAAAGGUCCAUUGCAGCCGGACAACCCUUGCUGCAGUCCUCUUCCCUAAAUGGUGUGUCUCUCUUGAACCCACCCGAUCCAGUAUCUACACGGGCUUUGCAGCCCUGAGAGAGACAUUUCCCUGCCUCCUUGGUGGUGGGGAGGGCUCAGCCAGGGGGAGAGGCAUAUUCAUGAAAAUGUAAAUGCUCUAUUAAUGCUGAUGUAGGGGAAAAAACAUUGAACAGUUCACUAAGCUUCUCUCUGAAUCAAGCUAAACUACCCCAAAGGCAUUUUUGGCUAGAUGCCACAGCACAGAUGGGAUUGAUGGCUUCAAGGUAUAAAUAUUUACUGUUUGACCUUGUUGUUGUUCAGUCAGCCAAGGUUUUUUUUACAUAUAUAUAUGUGCGUGUGUGUGUAUAGUUAUGCUCACAAACUCUUUAUAUCUAAAAGUCACACUUCUUUCUUUUUGGGAAGGAAAACUGCCACUUUAAAUUGUUUUACUUUACUCUCAUUCUCUUUGCUAAAUCUUCUGUAAAGAGAUUCAUCUGUCUCUGCAGAUCUUCUGAUGGCUUCGGGAGGCAGAGGGAGUGAGGGAAGCAAGGCAGGAGAACCUCUGCACUCCCAGCCCUUAAUGGAGACAUGCUAGCUGAGACCAAGGUCACUGCUGGCAGUAUUGCUCACACCUUUUGGGAAAUCUUAGUGCUGCAUGUCACAAUUUCUCUAACACAACGUUUUUAUUCCUGCCCCUGACGCUAGGGAGCACUCAGGAAGGCAGCACAGCUUUUUCAGCAGAUGAAUGCCAUGAGCCUUUAGCUCUCCCACAACAGCACAACCCGGGUGCAUGCAGCUGAGGUGCUGCAGCAAGGGGCUGCAGACCGAGCCUGCUUUGGGAGGGAGCACAAAGCCUGGCUGGAUCCAUUUUUGUCAUGCCCAUGGCCAAAGGAAUGCUGCAGGUAAGAGAAGCACCUGAGCUUUUAAGAUCCUGGCCACGUGAGCCAGGAUGCUCUCACUGUCUUCGAAGGCUCUUAGCUCUUCACUGCUGCCUGAAGGUCCUGUCAGCUUGCUAAGCCCAUUGGCUCACAUUACAUUGCUGGCAGCACUGUUUCAUCUGAAAAGUCUGUUGCUUCCUCCUGUCUUUUUGCAGGGAACCAGCAAACAUAAAGGCAAUCAUAUACUGAACAAUUUGAUUUUGCAACCACAAAAGUAGUAAGAGUAGAGUUGGGAAACCUCAGUCACUAUCAGGUUGCCUUCACCAAGCUGUCAUUGGAGUUGAAAAAUUCCUCUUGGUUGGCACAGGGCAGGUUCUGAGCCCACCAAAUCUGGGGGUUGCCACAAGUACCCCCACAUUCUAGAAUUUCAUCUAGAACACUGAGACACCCACAGGCCAAUGUCCUCUCUGAAGGUGAGAUACCUGCUGCUUAUUAGCUGAAGCCUUUGUGUCCGCUGCUAGGAACGUUGUAUUAGCAUCACACUAGGGCAGCCCAUUGAAAGAAGGAGCCCAUCGCAACAAAAUGCCAGAGGGUAUGCUCAUUUUCCCUGCCUCAGGUUGAAUCCAUGCUCCUGCUAUGUCUUUUGUUUUGUUUUCCAUCUUGUGAGACUCUUCUUAUUUCACUAUGAGAAAGAAUCUAGCUGGCAGCAGAUUAAUGCAUGACAAUCCUGUUAUUACAGCUGUAAAUAAUUAACAACUAGAAAAAAAAACAACUAACAUUUUAAAAUCUUUUGUUGACUUUCUUUUCUCUAUUUACUAUCUGGUAGCCACUUUCUUAAGGGAUUUCUCAUGGAAACUGUGACUUUCCUCUUUCACUCUGUUUUCCCUUUCUUUUUCUCUCUUUCUCUCUCUCUGAGGUUUAUGUUUCAAAUGCUUUUUGGUGCAAUGUUCAAUGCCUGUUUGUAUUUUUGAACCGUAUUUUUCAACCUUUGCUGGAAAAAACAAUAUAUUGCCCAUUCUAAUGAGCAGGAUUUUGAGUCCUGCAAUUUUUUUCAGCUUUUAGCUUUUUCAGCAAGUUAAAGCAACAGAAAAAUGUCUCAAAAAUUACAGUGAAGUUCUGAAGAGAGAUUAGAAAAAGUCAGAAGCAAGAGCUAUGUGAAUGACAUCAACAGGCUGAGUGGAUGAGGAGGACUCUUCUGACCACCUAUUGAAUUCCUGACCUAACAGUAAGGCAGGACCUUUCCACUGUAUGAAUUCACUCCGCUUUUCCACUCUACCCACUCUCUUGAACUCUGAUCAACAAAUAAAAAUUCAUAUUUUAAA